ACGAUAUAUAAUCCAAAAGGGCAAAUUGUCCUACGGUCUACGGGGUAUUCCACUCUCCAAUCAGUCAACGGGUUACAUAUCAUAUCUCGACUCUCUUCGGCGUUAACGGUUCUCGACUCUUAACGACCAUCGAACGAACCAAAGUCUCAACUCAGUAACGAGUCCACGAAACAUCCCAAUUCAAUCGAAAUGCCUCAAGCAACCCAAGUGCGCACUAUGUUCCGCACCGCGGCCCGCUACCUCACGGAACCGCACCCAUUCGCACGCAACCCGGUUAUGCAGGCACCGCACGCAGUGCCCUGGGGCGUCUAUGGUCGGAAGCUCGGUCGCACCGCUACUUUUGUCGUCCCCACCGGACUCAUCAUCCUCGGCUGGCCGCUCGCCGCCGGUGCCUUCUUCAACAAAGUUGGCGUAUGACUAUUUGAAGCCGAGCGCGUACGAGCUGUACCAAGGAAUAAGGAGAACGAGGUCGAAGCAAAGGAGGUGGAG